AUGCUUUAUACUUUUAUUGUUGUAAGAAAUGCCCUUUUUUCUCAAAUUGUCAUUGGGAUCACAGCCAAUGUCCUCCUCCUUCUCUUUCACAUCCUAAAAUACCUUCUCCAGCACAGGCCCAAGCCCACUGAUCUGACCAUUGCUCACCUGGCCCUCAUUCAUCUGCUGAUGCUAUUAAUCAGGACAUUCCAGGAUAUAGACAUUUUUGGGAUUCAUGACAUUUGGGAUGACAUCGCAUGUAAAGCAGUUGUCUACAUGUACAGGCUGAUGAGGAACCUGUCUGUUAGCACCACCUGCAUGCUGAGUGUUCUUCAGGCCAUCACCCUCAGCCCCAGAAGCUCCUUUCUGGCAAAGUAUUUUAGUAUUUUAGUCUCCAUGAAAGGUCCCACCAAUGCAACCUCAGGAUUUUACUUUGCCUCUGAAUCCUGCUCUAUUUCCCCCACAGAUCACUACUUCAAGACCUUAUUUUCCCUGAUAGGAAUACUCUGGGAUAUUUUCCUCAUAGGGUUCAUGGCCCUCUUCAGUGUGUACAUGGUGACCCUCUUGUGCAGGCAUAAGAGGCAGUGCCAGCACCUUCACAGCACCAGCCUGUCUCCAAGGGCAUCCCCAGAGCUGAGGGCCUCCAGGACCAUCCUGCUGCUCAUGGGCUUUUUUGUGGUCAUGUACUUUGUGGACUGCAUUUUCUCAUCCUCCUCUGGAAUGAUGUGGAAGAAUGAUCCAGUUCAUGUUGGGGUACAGAUGCUGAUGGGCAAUGACUAUGCCACCAUCAGUGCUUUGAUGCUAAUCAGCACUGAAAAAUGGAUAAUCAAGUUCUUCCAAUCCACAUUGGGAAAGGAGAGGAAAUGUUUUUGCUGUGCGGGGUAA